AUGGCGCACGGCGGAUAUGCUAACCGGAGGGAUGCGGAGCGGAACACGACGGAAAGACCCAGUCGGAGAUCGAAAGGAUUACGUGUUGAGAAGAAACAGAAGAAUUCCUCUCUUAAGAAUCAAAUUCGUUCCAUCGGCCGCGUGAUUCGUAAAGAUCUUCCUCCUGAAGUAAGAGAGGCUCUAGAAAAGAAGUUGGAUGAUCUGAAGAAGCAGCAAGACAUCCAUAUACGUCUUGCUGUUGAACGUAAAAUCUUCCUAAGAAACAGAAAGAUCAGAUUUUUUGAGCGGAGAAAGAUUGAAAGGAGAAUAAGACGUCUCGAGAAGCUACAACGGAAUACAUGUGGUGGUCAUGUGCAUGAUGCAGAGAUGAGUGGACAACUCAGUAAACUCAAAGAAGACCUUGAAUAUGUUAGGUUCUUCCCCAAAAAUGAGAAGUAUGUCUCACUAUUUAGUGGAGGUGAUGAUUUUGAAGUAGCUGAGCAGAGAAGUAAACUGCGGAAGCAAAUCAAAGCCAAUAUAAUUACUGCCGCGGCCAGUGGGAAAGAGAUGGAAGAAACCGGGAGCGAAGAUGAUGGGCUUUUGGAUCUGAGUGAUGAUGACUUCUUUGCGAACGGAAGUUCAAGUGAUGAAGCAGAUGCGGAUGAUGAGUGGACUGAUAAAAGCACAAAGGAGCCGGCUUCUAGUGCUUCUGGCAGAGCAACCUCGGGCAUGUCCAGUGAUGAAAGAAAUCAGCCAUACGCUUCAAGGGUUUUAAUGCCACCACCAGUGUCAAGGUUUGCAUCAACAUCUCGUUAUUCAUCCUUCAAGAGGAAUGAGAUACCUCCCUCCAGCAGCACUUCACAUAGAAGAAGUGAGACUUCACAUGCUCCCACAAGUUCGCAUACCAGCCAAAGUAACUUGAGUUCUAAUUCUGAUGCUCACAAACCCAAGAGGAAGAGACGGCCUAAGAAGAAGAAGCAACAGGCGUGA